GGACCUCUUUGCUUCAUGGAACCUCACUUCUUAUUUUGGCAGCUCUCAGGCAGGGACACCRUGAGCCGGCCAACCUCCACCGGGGCUUGCCGAGUGCCGGGCAAACGCGGCUGUUGUGAACCGCCGGGCAGUGUGAAGGGUGRCUUACACGUGAUACAACCAAGUGUAUCCAACAGCUUACCACUGCCAAAAGGAACAUGCCUUUCUCCUCCUAAGGUUCUUUUGCACCAGCUCCUCAGCACCUUUGGUCAUUUGAACUCACAGCUCUGGCGUGGAGCUAACCCAGUGGAAAGCAAAAUCCAGGAUGACCUGGGAAGCGUCAGCACGGCAAAGUAUCCAGAGAUCAAGACUCUGAUGGGACCAGAUCCACAUUUAAAAUGGAUUGUAUCUGGAAUGGUUUUCACGCAGCUUCUGGCAUGCUACCUGGUGAAAGACUUAGCUUGGAAAUGGAUUUUCUUCUGGGCUUAUGCUUUUGGGGGUUGCAUCAACCAUUCGCUGACCCUCGCCAUCCAUGAUAUUUCCCACAACGUGGCCUUUGGGAACAAGCAGGCCAAGUGGAACCGCUGGUUCGCAGUCUUUGCCAACUUGCCCAUUGGCGUCCCCUACUCUGCCUCCUUCAAGAAGUACCACAUUGACCAUCACCGGUAUCUGGGAGGGGACAGCUUGGAUGUGGACAUUCCCACAGACUUUGAGGGCUGGUUUUUCUGCACGCCGCUUCGGAAGUUGCUGUGGCUCUUCCUGCAGCCUCUGUUCUACAGCCUGAGACCGCUGUAUGUGAACCCCAAAGCAAUCACACGGAUGGAAAUCCUUAAUGCUUUUGUCCAGUUUUCUAUAGACCUCAUUAUUUACUACCUGUGGGGGCCCAAACCUGUUAUUUACUUGAUAGCAGGUACAAUCCUUUGCUUGGGUUUUCAUCCCAUUUCUGGGCACUUCAUAGCAGAACACUACAUGUUCCUAAAAGGGUAUGAGACAUACUCUUAUUAUGGACCUCUGAACUGGCUCACCUUCAAUGUAGGCUACCACAUGGAGCAUCAUGACUUCCCCAGYAUUCCUGGAUGCAGACUGCCCAUGGUGAAGAAGAUUGCAGCAGAAUAUUAUGAUAACCUCCCACAUCACCAGUCCUGGAUUCGAGUUCUGUGGGACUUUGUUUUUGAUGACACUCUUGGUCCUUAUUCAAGGGUGAAGAGACUGUGCAAGCUGGCAAAGGAAAGUUAAUGRGGCAGCUCUGCCUGCUGCAGUGGUGUGUGCUUGUUCUUUCCCAUGACUUCAGAUUUCUGCAGAAAUAGAAGGAUCUUAGUGUGUGCUGAAUUAAUGUUAGUCCAUGCUGCUUAUGCCAAGAGGAAGAGUGUGAAGUGAAGCAAUUUUAGACUACAGAGAUACAUUUAAUAAUGUAUAUUUAUACAUGUAACUCUGAGAAACUAGACUAGAGUGAACCUAUGAUUAGGUGUAGAAUUAACUUUCCUGGGACACAURUGCCUAAGCCCAAGAUUUGGCUUUGUCUGCAGGGGAGAAUGUUKGCAGUGUUAUGUGUGAGCAUGUGUGUGUGUAGCUCAGGACUGGUUUCUCUUGAUGCCAGAUUGGAAGUGGAUGCUCUGUGUGCACAGGACUGUGAAGCAGGGAGGACUGGCAUGCAGAAGUAAAUGAUACUCUCUGGASAAUACAAGAGUGCUUUUGGCUCAAUGUCUUGUCUAAUAUCUUACUUCUGAUAAUUGCUCAUAGCAGAGAUUUUAUAUAUGCAAUGGAAUAUGUUUAUAUUUUUCUAUGUCUGUAACAUUAUUUUAGUAGCUGCUGUUUGAUCUUUAUUCCAGGGCUUUUUGUGAACCUUUUCUCAAUGAAUGUUUAUUCUUAGGAUCUAAUACUYAUUGUAGCUGACAAACCUGAACUGUGGCAAGGAGAAAUCCUUCCUUUAGUCUUCCACCUACUGCCCUGAUCAGCAGCAUGGAUGUGCCUCUGRAGAAACUGCGUGAUCCUUUCUCACUCACCUUUUCAACAGUAUUCACAUCUACAURUAUCUCAUCCUUUUCCCUACUGUAAGUCCUCUGGGGAAAGGAGAGGUCCUARUUUUAAUUUUUUCUUGCCAAGACUGUUAGCAUUCCUGGUCACAUUUCUUGGUCUCCUCUGUAUCACACCCCUUUCUGUGCAUGGAAUUUAGGAGUACAUGUCAGUGGAGACAUGGAGAUGUCUUCAUCUCAGUGGUGGUAUUUGUUCCUUCAGAAUCAUGGGAACUUUUUUCCUCUGUCAUUCAAGGGGCAUAGCUUGACAUUUGGGAAGCACGUGAUASUCCAGCUAUAUAAAAUUGCCAGUGGUGGUGUUAAGGGGAGGUACCUGGAACAUGGAGAUGGGGUUGUUUCUCUCCCUGUGUCUCCUACUUGGUGCUAUUGACAUCAYCCUUCAUCUCUCAUUUCUACCCCUGGCAUACGAAAACCUUCCUGCCUGUCCUCUCCAACUAUAAACUUCUGGCUAUCCUCAAUGAUUCUGUAUCAUUAAAAACCUUAAUCAACAUAAUCUUUCUCCAAGCAGAAUAAUAUCUUGGGAGUCAGGAAUUCAGAUACCAYCUGAGUUCCAUCUACCAUGGAAAGCUGGCAAAAUAUUUCUGCUUUUACUAARUAGUUAAAAGAGAGAUCUGUAUAGGUGCUCUUUCUCUGUAACCCUUUAACAGUUUGGGUUUUUUUCUUCUGGAAAUCCAUGGCUGCAAUAAAGAAAAGGAUUUAUUGYGCA